AAAAGUGAAGGAAGGUGCAAAAAGUUCUGGAGUUCCUGUAGUGAGUGGAAAGUAUACAUAUUAUCACAAGAAGCUGCCACGGAAAGAGUUUGGCUCCUGUCAGUCUGUUGUAAAAGAUGAAUCAGGGCCAGGGAAGCAGUCUCUGGCUAAGUUAAGGAAACUUGUUUUUCUGGAGAUGUGGAUGAGACUGCAGAAGUCAAAAUAGUUGCUAUUAUACAUGGAAAGGCUAGAAGAAGGAUACAUCUUCUAAAACUAGCCAGAAAGUAUUGAAGUUUGCGCGUACAGUUCAAAUUAUUCAGAUUAUGUUACGAAUGUUUGAAGUCCAACGAGAAGAGGCUUUCUGCGUCAACUGAUAAUAGUGUUAGCAUGAAGGUGGUAAAAAGCAAUAACUCUGAUGGCACCACUGAAAGGAAGAACACUGGUCAUAUCUCCAGAGAGAAACUAAUUGAUGGAUACUUAUUACGAAGUUGUUUCAAUGCAGUACAAGUUUUUUGUUGAUGGAGAGUGGCGGCAUGAUGAGCAUCAACCUUAUGUACACGGAGAAUACGGGAUAGUCAAUACUGUCUUAUUGGCAACUGAUCCUAAUUACAUACCUGUUAUUACUUCAGACAUUGCUUCUGGAUUAAACAUGGAUGUGGAUAAUGACACUAUUCGCCGUAUGGUCCAGGCGACAGACGGUACACUGAGUGAGGUGCUUCCAAGAAUAUCAGAUACUGAUAUACAGAUCUCUCGUCAGCGUAUUGCUGCAUUUUUGACUUUUUGAGUUGCUGGCUUGUUGUAAUCAAAUAUACACAACCUCAAACUAGUCACUAAUUUAGUGACCUCCAUACCGCAGGUUGUUGCCUUGGAUGUUGAUUUACCAGUGAAACAAGCAUUUCAUAUACUGCAUGAGCAGGGAAUAUACACAGCUCCUCUCUGGGACAUGUGCAAGGGGCAAUUUGUUGGUGUUCUUAGUGCUUUGGAUUUUGUCUUAAUUUUGAGGGAGUUGGGGAAUCAUGGGUCUAAUCUGACAGAAGAGGAGCUUGAAACACAUACCAUAUAUGCUUGGAAAGAAGGAAAGUCAUAUCUAAGCAGACCGAACAAUGGACAUGGAACUGCAUUUUCUAGAUCUCUUCUCCAUGCAGAGCCAUAUGAUAAUCUGAAAGAUGCUGCCGUGAAAAUCUUGCAAAAGGAGGUUUCAACAGUUCCUAUUAUCCAUUCAUCUUCUGAAGAUGGUUCUUUUCCACAGUUACUACAUCUUGCUUCACUUUCAGGAAUACUCAAAUGCAUUUGUAGGUAUUUCAGACAUUGCUCUAAUUCAUUGCCUAUUCUAAAACUUCCAAUCUGUGCAAUACCUGUGGGCACAUGGGUGCCCAAAAUCGGGGAAUCAAAUAGGCGACCUCUAGCAAUGUUGAGACCAAGCUCUUCUCUUGCUUCAGCCCUAAAUUUAUUAGUUCAAGCCCAAGUAAGUUCAAUACCAAUGGUUGAUGAUAAUGACUCAUUAUUGGAUAUAUAUUGUCGGAGGCUUUGCAGUUUGGCCAGGACGCCUGUAGUCCCUACGAGCUUAGAAGUCAAAGAUGCCAGAUGUGUUUGCGUUCUGAUUCACUGCAUAAAGUCAUCGAGCGUUUGGCAAAUCCAGGUGUCAGGCGGAUUGUUAUUGUGGAAGCUGGCAGCAAGCGUGUAGAAGGCAUUGUCUCAUUGAGUGACAUAUUCAAGUUCGUUCUCGGUUAGUUGUUUAUGAAGGGAGUAAAAUGGUAUGUGCAGUACAUAAUCAAACAUUUAGGCCACCAUCACUUCAAAAGAGGUGUCAAUGUUAUUUAUGUUGUGCUUUGAUCUCAUUUUGUUGUAAUACAAUUGGAUUGGCCUCUUGCUUUGGUGCCUCAUUUUAAGAUUUUAGGCCAAGAGUAAGAGGCCUGUAAAUUAGAGUAUUUCAUUGCCCCAAAUUUUAUUCAUCUUCCCCAUUUGUAUUAUCCUCUAAUGUAUUGUGAGUGGGGUAGCACAAGAUCUGUAAUCAUUACAUGUUAGAUACAAAGUUUUAGUAAAAAAAAAUUGACAUGAAGAUUUA